UGAUCCCAUGCGUAAGAAAGAGAGGGAGAGAGAAAAAAAAACUGCUUCUCUCUCUCUAGCUUCGUUAGUGGCCGUUGUUAACAUCGGUAUUCCUCGCUCGCUUUAGCGAACCUACUUCGCCGUCUUGCUCAUAUGGCCUGCUGUCUGCCACUUCGAUUAUUAUUUUGGAAAACCUAGGAAUAUUUCUCUCCGUUCGGUGCGGAUUGGGAAACCCUAAUAUCCUUUGGUUUGAGGGGAACGCGAGAAAAAAAUGUUGUUUCAGGUGGGAGGACAGGGAACGCGGCCAACCUUCUUCGAGAUGGCUGCGGCUCAACAGCUUCCGGCCAGCCUUAGAGCUGCUCUCAGUUACUCUCUUGGCGUACUUGCCUUGAGAAGGCCAUUCCUCCACAAAAUCUUAGACUUUGAUGACGAGUUCUUUGCCUUGUUGAUGAUGGUUCUUGAAAGUCACAGCUUAAGAACCACAGAUGCAUCCUUUUCAGAGUCAUUAUAUGGUCUAAGAAGGCGGUCCAUAAAGCUAGCGCUUAAUAAAAAUUCCUCCAAUAUGGAUUCAAAUGAUAAUCUUCAUCAUUCAUGCUUAGGAAGGCGCCAAAAAGUACUCUCUGUGGUAUUCCUGGUGGUUUUACCUUAUUUUAAGUCCAAGUUGCAUUCCAUCUACAAUAAAGAAAGAGAAGCAAGACUUCAGGAAAGCCUUUGGGGUCAUGAUGAUGGAAGGCCGGAUGAGGUAGAUAUUUUUUUUCAUCAAGGAGAAAUUUCUCAGACACAAGUUGAAGUUCGGAACAUGCAAGCUUCAAAUAUGAUACGCUUCAAGAAGAAAAUCAUGGCAUUUGUAGGUGUUUGCUACCCUUGGAUACAUGCAACCAAUGAAGGGCUCUCAUUUGCUUAUCAACUGUUAUACUUGUUGGAUGCUACCGGUUUCUUUUCCCUGGGACUACAUGCUCUCGGCAUCCAUGUAUCUCGUGCUACAGGACAAGAAUUGAUGGAUUCAUCAUCCAGAUUAUCAAAGAUUAGAAGUGGUGAGCUAGAGAGGCUUCGUGGUCCCCCUUGGUUGAAGUCAUUUCAGAGAGCAGUGCUCAACUUUGUAUACACGACACUGGACUAUGCUCAAACUGGCCUAAUUGCUGCUGUUUUCUUUUUCAAGAUGAUGGAGUGGUGGUAUCAAUCUGCUGAAGAGAGAAUGUCAGCUCCAACAGUUUAUCCCCCACCUCCCCCACCACCUCAACCAAAGGUAGCUCAUGAUGGAAUACCAUUGCCUCCCGACCGAACUAUCUGUCCUCUUUGCACCCAGAGAAGGGUGAACCCAUCAGUCGUGGCUGUCUCUGGUUUUGUCUUCUGUUAUUCUUGCAUAUUUAAGUAUGUCUCACAGUACAAACGGUGCCCUGUCACAUUGUUGCCAGCAUCUGUGGAGCAGAUCAGGAGACUCUUCCAUGAUUUAUAGCAGGCAUUAAAAGAUCAUAUGCAGUUCUAGAUGUUUUUCAAUACCGGCACAAACUUCAAAGCGAGUACGACCCACUCAUCAUUUGAUAUGCUGUCAUCUUUCUAAAAGAAAUCAUUUCAUGAUUUACAAAUUGUGACAAUGUCCAGUUUCAAUAGUUCUUAGAUUUCAUCCUAGUUCUGUAAAAUCAGAGAAAAUUGUUCUUGAAAGUAGAGGUUUCUGUACAUCAUUAGGCAGGUUAGUGUAUAAUAUCUAGAUGAAAAAGCACUCUCAAGCGUCAUUUGUACUUAUUUUCAAUAAAGUUUGGAUUAAGGGUGCAUUUGGGGUAGCUUGUGCUUAUCCAAAUAAGCCGCUUAUAUGAAAAUGCGGACCGCAGGGUGUGACCUGCGUUCCGUGUUUAGUGUAAAAAGCCAUCUGCGUUUUCAGAUAAGUUGUUCAAAUGCAGCUUUCAAAUAGUGAGUCGGCGUUUUCUAAACGCCGCUUAGCGGAUGAGCGGCACCAAAUGGAAAGUUGACAUGAAAUAUGUUGGAAGGCUUAGAGAGGGGUUUAUGGUAAGUUUAAAAUAGCCUGCUGCUGGUAUAGUGAAGAUGUAUUAUUUGGUUGUAUUUAUGCAUCUGCUUCAUUUAAUAAAUAUGGCUGAAGCCUAGACUUCCAUACAGAAUUAUGUUGUUUCACUCUGUUUGGUUCUCCAACUUUGUUAGAUUUACAGAAUACGAUGGCAGUGUAUUAUAAUUUGAGUUGUUGAUGUAUAAUCAAAUGGUUGUCUAGUGAUGGUACCUA